AACACAGUUGUCAAAUAUACUCAAUUGCAAAUGAAGAAAUUAGUUAUUAGUGGUUCUUUCAAGAAUAACCAAUUUAGAGAAUUGUUUCAAACUCCAAUAACGCUCGUUACAAAAGAUACUAAACACAUGCAAAGUUUUGUUAAAAAGGCCUCUACAUCAAAUUCCAAAAAUAAUAGAAUAUGUCUUUUAGGUGAAAAUGGUAUUGGGAAAACAAGUUUAUUGGGACAAACACAAGCCUUGAUUUCCAAUUUGGGUGAUUCAGUUAUCAUUCCUAUUCCACAUGCAACACAAUUAGUCAAUGGUCGUAAUGAUUUCACCCUUGACCAACAAACUAAACUAUACACCCAACCAAUGUUUUUAAAGCGCUUUUUAGACAAGAUUUUGAGGGUUAAUGAUAAAAUUUUAACCAAAAUACCAAUCAAGAAUGAAUAUUCAUUUGAAGGUAAUACUAGACAUAAAAGUCAAGUUAAAGCCACACCAAACAGACACACUCUAUAUGAUUUAGUGAAAUUGAGUGUUGCUCCAAGAUAUCGUGGGAAACAAUUUGAUGCAAUCAUUUAUGAAUUAACUGAACAAGAUAAAGUUCCUGUGUUUUUAACAGUGGAUCACUUCAAUUCUUUAACCUCAGAUUUCCAAACCGCAUACCGUGAUACAGAAAACAAAAGUGUUCAUGUUGAAAAAUUCCAAAUUGGUAAAUUAAUUUUUGAAUUUGCUAGUGGUGCUAAAUCUUUCAAGAAAGGUGGUGUUAUAUUAGUCACUUCAACAGAUGCAAAAACUACCGAUACAUUGAAUGCUGGAUUAGGCUUAUCUGAACCAGAUCCUUACACUCCAGAACAUAGAUGGGAUCGUGAAUUAUCUGAAAAAUUGAAAGGUGUUAAACCUUAUCAAUUGCAUAAAUUUUCAAAAGAAAAUGUAUCUACAUUAGUGGAGAAAUUCAUUGAUGCUGAUAUUUUCAAAACCAGUGAUUUACAAGGAAACACUUUUGAAAAUUUGGUCAGUCAAAAAUAUAUUUUAAGUGGUAAUGGUAAUCCUGGUGAAUUGAUUAAAUCUAUUGUCAUG